AUGGACCAAAUAAUUAGCGAUAUUGGAAAUAAUUACGUUUACAUAAUUGUUGACGAGACAACUGAUCCAAGAGGUUUGUCUAUUGCAAAUUUAUUAAUUGGUAAAUUAGAUGGGACGCCUAGUAAAUCAUAUUUAGUUGCAUGUAAAGAAUUAGAAUCCACCAAUUAUGAAACUAUUUGUCAGUUUAUUAAUUCCUCGUUAAAAAUAUUUCCUGAUAUUGAACAAAAAGUAUUACUUUUGAUUAGCGAUGCUGGUACUUAUAUGAUCAAAGCAGCAAAAACAUUAAAAAUAUUUUUUCCAAAAUUAAUUCAUAUCACAUGUAUGGCACACGCAGUUAAUAGAGUUCUAGAGAAAAUUCGAGAAUUGUAUCCUGAUAUAAAUAAAUAA